AUGCCAGCUGCAGUUGCAACGCCUGGGUCUCCUUCGCGAGGGAAGCGCAAGGCGCGAGAUGCAGAGAAAAGCCCUGCCGAAAAGCUGGAAUAUCACCUGACAAACUCAAAGAGUAGGCUGACGAACAUGGAUAUCUCUGACAUCAUCAACUACAAUAACUUUUUAGAGCUGUCUGAGGAGUCACAAGCGCGUUUGUGCGAGCUAUUACCACCCACCGCGUUCGCGACAUACGUGCCAUCCGUGUGUUUCUCACAUCCGGACGGCCGCUCCGCAGGACAGGACAGCGUCGACAGAAUGGACGUUGAUGAGACGGCUGGGCGUACCCCUGCGACCCUUGAUCCCAUGGUGUUCUCCUCGCCUUUCUUGCUGUCGGCCGCGCACACCUGGCAAGACCAGCUUGUGUCGAACUGGUUAGGAAAGAAGGCGUCCGACGAUCUGGAAAAGUUCAAGCAGGGCGCAAGGGAGGGUACUCUGCAUGCGGACUGGAAGGACGAAACAUGGGAGGAAGACCACACCCCAGGGGCGCCUGCUCGAUCGAAGAAAAAACAGACACAGGCCAGCUUGGACUUGACUGCGCUCGUGAAGCACGGGUUACUCCAGCCUGACGAUGUGCUCUCGUACAGACGAAUAUUCUCCCAGUUGAAGGUGACGGUGGAGAAGGACCUGCUCGUCGAUACGAUCAACGCGAACUCCCAGACUGUCAACUUCCUCCUGAUGCCUGGCACACGGGAAUCACUGCAGCCUUCUCUCCUCGUUGCAGGCUCUCGGGAGUACGACGGGAAGGUGCUCUCCAUGGAGGACAUCGCCGACCCUGUCGCACUCGAGAGAGGUGUGCUCGACGUCGACGGUCGCGUCAGCUACUCAGACAAGUACGAAGAUGACGCGGCUUAUUGUCAUGCUCCCAUAAAUCAGCUAGACGGUGUUUCGGAGCAGCUGAAGAACGCGAUCGCGGUACGCGCGUGGAAGUCGUUCACUGUCUGGAGGUGGUGCGGCGAUAUCGAAGGACAGAUAGAGAUGCAGCUCGUCCAGGAGAAAGGAGGUCGAGAGAGGGUAGCCACGUUGUUCUAUCUUCGGGGAUGCUGUACGAGCGGUGGUUAAGCCCUAGAUAU